GAAGCUGCGGAACACACAAAGCUUCACCGUAAGCAACAAAGCAACGAUUUGCAUAAUACAAAGGUCUCCUUCUUCUUCUUUCUUCUUCGUCUUCUUGUCCUUCAUUUGGUUCGUCGUCUUCUUGUUGUUGUUGUUUGGAUUCGUCGUCUUCUUCUCGUUUGAGAGAGAGAGAGAGAGAGAGAGAGAUGGCCGAUGAAAGCGGCGUGGCGUCCCCACGUUCGACGGCGCCAUUGCCGCUGUUGUCUUCGUCAGCUGCGCAUGACGGGGGGGGGGUUGGUGCGAACCCCGUUCUCGUGACGAAUUCCGUGCCUACGCCCGCCUCCCCAUCGUCUCCAUCAGUGCCCUCUGCCGUGUUUGGGCAAUCAAGCACGGACACAGCCGGGCAUAAUGCGGAGGGAUGGGGGGACCUUCCGCAAGGUCUGCACGAGCUAAAUGGUGGUUGGUGGGGCGAUCCGACGCGCGGUCCGAUCGGUUGGGAGGCCAUAGUCGCCACGUACUCGCACUUCCCUGCAUGGACAUUCCCCCGUCCGCCAAACGGUCACCUGCUGUCGCCUCCCACCAGCGAUGACGAAGGGGGAGGGGGUGACGAUGGCGGCGAUGACGAAGGGGGAUGGGGUGAAGAUGGUGGCGAUGAGGAGGGGGGAGGGAGUGCAGAUGGCGACGAUGAGGAAGGGGGAGGGGGUGAAGAUGGAGGAGACGAUGACGGAGGGGAUGGUGGCGUUGGAG